AUGGCAAAUCCUCUGCAACAAUUCGCAAAUCAGUAUUUCAAAAGGCCAGAUUCUUGGAAAGGUCUUGCACUUUUGGCUGGAAUUAUCUUCGUAGACAGUUACUUUAUAGAUCGCGGUGUUAGAAACUACAUUUUCGGGAAGGAUGGAAAAGGAGGAGAAAUGUUGCUUUGCAAAACCAGAAUUGACCAUCAUGAAGAAGAGUACCGAGAAGCUCGCAAGAAGUGGUAUUGGCAUCAGAGAAAGGCUAAAUUCUACAUGCCUCAGGAUGUUUCUUUCAACGAUAAGCUGGAUUACAAGACUCUCAGCUACAACUACGCACACUUUAAUAAGUUCUUAGACCCUGCAGACGUCCCUAGACAUCAUGACGCAGAUGCGUUCUAUUUCAACGAACUGGAGCCUGAAGAUUAUUAUAAGUAA